CUGUUUUUCUCGAUCAUUAGUGUUCGCAAGGGCUUCGAAAUCAGCGCGGAAUGGCAGGAGUAAAAUUGACAGUGUUUUUGGGCUCUGUUCGUGACGGGCGUAAUGGGAAUCGGGUGUGGAAGCUGGUUUCGAGUGCCGCGAAAGAACUGGACUUAGAUGUUACACUGUUGGAUCCGUUGGCGAUGAAUACGCCUCCCAUUACGCAACCCCUGCAUUUUAUGAAGGACAAGUCUGCUGCACCUGCGUGGAUGCUGGAAACGAAUGAAGUUAUCAAGAAUUCUGACGCCUUUCUAGUUAUCUCAUCCGAGUACAACUGUUCGAUACCUCCAGCUUUGUCAAAUCUCAUGGAUCAAUUUCCGCCUGCUUCGUAUCGUCACCGUCCGUCUGGGAUUGUGUGCUACUCCAUGGGAAACUAUGGAGGUUGUCGUGCCGCCAUGUUGUUGCGGUCAUUCCUUAGUGAACUCGGAACUGUGACAGUUCCUGCACAAGCAACCAUCCCGGUUGUCCAUCAGAAUAUUUCGGAAGAAGGCGAACCCGUUGAUCCGAAAUGGAAAGCUCAGGUUACGCGGAUGUUGUCGGAGUUGAAAUUCUACGCUGAAGCCAUCAAGCAGCAGAAGACCAAAGCCGGCCUCCCGCAGUGAUGCUUUUUUUCGUCCGGUGUUGUUGACGUGUCGCCCAAAACUGCCUUCAGCACGGUACCUUGUUGAACCGUUCCAUUACAUGUGGCUUUCGAUCAAAGCGGCUUUACGUAUUGAUACCGUUGAUCUUGGCGUAAUGUUUCUCUAGACAUGGAAAUGCAUAUUUUACGUCACUUGGAAA